CUGUUUACACCUCAAAUACAGCAAUAGAACAGCCCAGCAGUAGCUGGUUACAACUACACCUAAGAUGCCUCUAGACAAUAGCAGCAGCAGCUGCCAGCUCUUGAUUAGUCCAUACACUUUAGUAGCCAAAACCAAUUUGACUUUUGCUCAAGAAAACAAAUUACUUCUCCAGCACUCCUGACCAGAAUGCUGACGAAUGCAUGUAUGGCCCAACGUGCAUUGCCUUGACCUCUCCUUUGGAAAGCAUGGUCCAGGUGAAGACCAUCAGGUGUAUGUACGCUUCUAUACUCUCAUUCCUUACAAGCAAGCACGGCAAAGCCAAGAGGCGGUGUCUCACGUACCUGGGAUUUCAGCAUCCUAUAAGUAGAUGGAGCCACAACGGUUGUACCCCAUUCCAUGUUCUGAUUCAGAAUAGCAGAUUGACCUCUCUGUGUCUGGUGCUGUGGUUUGUCAGCCAACAUGUCUGACUCGUCAAGGACCGUCCCUCCGGAGCUGCUCCCGUCGGAGGACCUGCAUCCGCUGCCAAUGCCGGUGAUCAACCUCGGCCACCUCAGCCUGGAUUCCGCAACCCGAUACCGUGUGGUUGAUGAUGUUGCCAAAGCAUGCCGUGAUCUAGGGUACUUCCAGGUUAUAAACCAUGGGAUCAGUCAAUCUGUCAUGGAUUGUGCUCUUGAAGCAGCUUCAGAUUUCUUCAAACUACCAAAUGAGACAAAGGAAAAGUUUGCAUCGGAGGACCUUCGACGACCUGUUAGAUAUGAUACAAGCUCAAAAGAUAGCAUUAGCAUGUCCAGGGCAUUCCUAAAGCAUUAUGCCCAUCCACUCAGCGAAUGGAUUCAAUAUUGGCCACAACAACCACCAAUCUACAGGAAAUACAUGGGAAAGUAUGCUUCUGAAGUAAGGAUGGUGGCUUUGCAACUGAUGGAAGCAAUAGUAGAAGGCCUAGGAUUGGGCAAGGAAUACCUGAAUGAGAAAUUUCAUGAAGGCUCCCAACUAUUGUCAGUGAACUGCUACGCUAAAGCAUCACAAAGUGCCACGACUAUAGGGCUGGCUCCACAUUCUGAUUAUGGAUUUCUUACCAUCUUGCUCACAAGUUGUGGGGGCCUUGAAGUUGUUGACCCCAGCAGCAACAUCUGGACAAGGGUUCAGCAACUUCCACACGCUUUGCAUGUUCAGAUUGGUGACCACAUGGAAGUCCUGAGCAAUGGCAGAAUGAAAACAGUUGUGCAUCGUGCCCUUCUGAAUCCUGAAGAAGCAAGGAUUUCUAUAGCUAGCAUUCAUGGUUUUGCACUACAUGAGAAGGUCACCUGUGCCAAGGAGCUAGUGGACGAAGAAAAUCCACCAAAGUACAAAGAGAGCAGCUUCAGUGACUUCCUUGACCAUCUCACAGCUAAUAUGGACAACAAGCACAGGAACUUUCUCGAAAGCCUUCGAAUGUAAGGAUUGCAGAGCAUAAUUAGGGUAUAAUCUUCACU